GAUGAGGAGAAAGGAAUCAAUAGAAAAACUGCGAUGAGCUGGGCGGAGAAUUUGAAUGCGAGAGGACCUAUAAAAGUCCCAUAUCGAAACCAUGUUGUCAUUGAGUCGCCACAUUCUAAAUCCCUUAAAUUGGAGUCGCUUCCAUUUGUUGACCUUCACAACGAUAACAAGAACAACCGCCUUCUUCAAAUCUCCUUCUCCUCUUACAUCUUCUUCAAUCGCUGA